AUGCGACGAAAUCGUUUUGACCAAAUUUUUUCAAAUAUUCAUUUCUGUGACAAUAGCAAGCUUGAUGAGCAUGACAAAUUGUCUAAAAUAAGACCAUUAAUUUCUAUGUUAAAUUCAAGGUUUUUGAUACACACACCACAUCAACAAUUUCAUAGUAUAGAUGAAUCAAUGGUACCAUAUUUCGGCAGACAUGGCUGCAAACAGUUCAUAAGGGGUAAGCCUAUUCGAUUUGGUUUCAAAAUUUGGGUCGGGACUCUGAGAUUAGGCUAUGUAGUCUGGAUAUCUCCCUAUCAAGGAAAAAGUGGUGAUCUUCAAAAUACUGAGUAUGGCCUGGGUGCGUCAGUUAUCAUAUCAUAUGCAAAUAAUUUAUUGGCUCACCGUAAAGCUCCAUAUCAUUUGGUGUUUGAUAAUUUUUUCACUGGUUUGCCAUUAUUAGAAAAGUUAAGUGAAAUGGGUUUAUAUGGAACAGGGACAAUACGUUCAAACAGAACAAAGAAAUGUCCAAUCAAUUUUGCUGCAAUGAAAAAAAAAGAAAGAGGUUCGUACGAAAGUUAUGUUUCUGAUUCGGGUAUUUUGGUAUGUGCAUGGAAGGACAAUAACACUGUUACCAUAGCAUCCAACAACAUUGGAGUUGAGCCAGUCACGACCGCAAAAAGAUGGUCUGUUUCAGAUAAAAAAUAUAUAAGAUUUUCUCAACCACGAAUUAUACAUUCGUACAACCAAAAUAUGGGUGGUGUUGAUCGUAUGGAUCAAAACGUUUCACAAUACCGAAUUUCUAUUCGUGGUAAUAAAUGGUAUUCGUGUAUAGUAUUAUACUCUGUUGAUGUGGCUGUGCAGAAUGCUUGGCAGUUACAUAAACUCCAUACUGAAAAACCAAUGGACCUUUUGGCUUUUCGUAGGCACAUUGCGACCUAUUAUCUACAAAAAUUCAAUAAAGUACCAAAUCCUGGUCGAAAAGGAGGAAAACCGUCUAGUUAUAUUCCUCGAUAUGAUGGUGUAAUGCAUUACUUAGUUCCACAAGAAAAACAAACUAGAUGCGCAGAAUGUCAUCAAAAAACUACUUCAAGGUGUAACAAAUGUGAUGUGGGAUUGCAUUUGAAGUGCAACAUACAGUUUCACACAUUAAAAUAAUUAAUAUUUUCCAAAUAGUUUAACAAGUUAUUAAGUUAUUAUUAAUUUUAUAAAUAGACAAUUGUAAUAUAGUCGUUUUAUUAUAAUUAAUAUAGUGUCGAAUUUUGUUUUGUAUAUCACACCUUAUUUUCCCACUGUCCUUCAUAUAGGACACCUAUUA